AUGGACGACAUGCCGGACCUGUCGCAUCUCACGCCCGAGGAGCGCGCCAUCAUCGAAGGGGUCAUCAUGCGCCAGCGACAGGAGGAACAGCGGGAGCACGAGAUUAUGAGACGGAAACAAGAUGAGGUCGCAGUGUUGGAGCAGACCAUUCGUACGAGGAAUGAAAUGCAACGGGCAGCUGGCGUUGAAUUAGCCGCCACUUGUCACAUCUGUUUAAAAACAAAAUUCGCAGACGGCGUCGGUCACUCCUGCCAUUACUGCAGAGUCAGGUGCUGCGCUCGAUGUGGCGGCAAGGUCACGUUAAGGUCGAAUAAGGUUAUAUGGGUUUGCAUUCUCUGUCGCAAAAAACAAGAACUUUUAUCAAAAACUGGCCAGUGGAUACACAAGAGCGCUGGGCAGGACUCAAUGUUAUGGCGGAUGGAAUCCGAUAUGCGAGGUCUUCCGCCACAGGUUGAAACUUCUUUAGACAAGCGACCAAAGUUAGAAAGAGCACAUAGUGCCGCAGAAAAAGAGAAUCAACCUUUACAGAGAUCAGGCAGUGCUCUCCGACGACAGUACAGUCAGCAAGAGGCACGCUAUUACGGGGAGUUAGAGGGGCUCGCUCGAACCCAUCCGCAUCUAGUUCAUCCCAGACAAAAGGCAGCAUACGGAGUGGAAGAUACGGCCAUGGUCCCACCGCCGCAGGCGUCACAGCUGCUGCCGCUGCCUCACCUGGCCGGCGGCCAUCCACCGCUCCCUCCUCGCUCAUCGUCGUCGGACGACGAGGUACCGGAGUGCGUAUCGGAUGAGAACGACGAGUACCGAGACCGUGUACCUAUCUGUGACAGAAGACAACUCGAGGCGUGUUCAUCGCUGCGGCAUCCACAACUCCGUAGCUCCACUGUGGCUGCCAACAAUUAUUACAAUUUGACUAAUCAUUCACCGGCGUCAUACUUCGAUCCGUCGAGGUCGGCGCCGGCGGGCGGCCGUAGCUUCGACUCGGUGACAGACUGUCGGUGGCGCGCCCGCGACGACGGCGAGGGUUCGUACUUGCGGCCCUACGUGCCCGACGGGGUCCCGCGUCCCGAUCGUGCCAUUUAUAAGAGUGCUUACUUGUGGGAGGAUUCCUCCGAUAACAGACGUUUCACGGAGAGGAGAAAAAAAACUGUUCGCUUCGAUGGGCACGAGGGGGCCGCGACGUUUCCUCGCGGUGGUCGUGACGCGUCUGGCGCGCCCAACGACUGGGCCUCCCUGCGCUGGGAGUCCGAGAGACAAACCAGCCAGGACUCGGCCACCAAAGACUCAGGCAUCGAUACCUCUAGCACUUUUACUUCCAGUGAAGACUCGAACAGGGGCGAUUGCCCUAAGUUCCCAUUGAGCUGGCAAGUUUCCUCUGACGGGACGCGUAUGGUGGGUCAUAUGGUUCUACGGAAAAGCGUUGUGGAGGGUAGUUCCCAUUCAUCGGCAGCUAUUCUUGGACUGAAAGUAGUAGGGGGAAAGAUGUUACCAGACGGCACACGGGGUGCCAUUGUCGAGAAAGUCAAGAAAGGGUCAAUUGCAGAUUUAGAAGGACAACUUAGAAUAGGUGAUGAGGUGCUACAAUGGAAUGGGGUUCCACUUCAGGGUCGUAGAGCGGAGGAGGUGGCUUUAGUUGUUGCUAACAGUAAACACGACUCACACGUGGAGCUAGUAGUGUCCCGACCGCUGGCUCCUUCGCGUGCACCAGCUCAGCCCUGGCGUGCACACAAAGAAGUGUAUACCGAAAUUAUGGGUGGGUGUGAGAAGCCUAGUGUACUGGUGACUUCUCCCGGAUCACCUGACAUGCACUCUCGAAGACGUUCAGGGAGGCACACCGCUCAUAACGUCAGUGUGGCUGGAAGGAUACAGCUUAAAGUAUAUUUCGAUAUCGCGGCUCUUCAGUUAUUAGUGACCGUUGUAUCAGCGAGUAACCUCAGUCCUCGUAUAGACGGCUCUCCUAGAUGUCCCUACGCGAAGAUAUUUCUUCUUCCCGAUAAAAGCGAGAAAAGUAAACGACGAACAAAAACUCUAGCAAACACUUUAGAACCGAGGUGGAACCAGACGUUUGUUUAUUGUGGAAUAAGAAUAACAGAUCUGAAAAAGAGAACGUUAGAGGUAACAGUAUGGGACUUAAAUCGUUACGGACCAAAUGAUUUUCUGGGUGAAGUGCUUUUGGAUCUCGACAGCGUUAUGAUGAAUCAUGAACCAAACUGGUAUCUACUGAAACCACACGAAGACCUCGGUAAUUACAGCCGAUACCAUGACGAGGAGGUGGAUGGAGAGCACCUCUCCCCUCCAUCGACUUCCACAUCUCGUCUGUCGGAUUCGGACACUCCCAGUGAGUGUGAUCUCCGCAGACACCACUCACUGUCGAGCCUCGCCUCUAGUUCCAGUCCGCCGCCGCCACACGAGAUCGAAGGCACACGAUGUAGUAGACGCGAUAUGUCGCCAGCCGGUAGGGUGAGGACCGCCGGCAUGUCGAGAGAACGAAGUGGUUACGUGGCACGGUCACAGUCAGCGGCGGGAGGGCGCAGUGUGUCUCCCAGACGGUCUCUGUCCCCGCCGGCCUCCGCCCCGCGCUACACAGUGUGUGAGGAGCGCGAGGGGUCUAGGCUGCCUACACACGCGUACGCGCCGCGGUUCCAGUCGAGGUCUGCUACAGCCACCCCCACCACGAGCCCCAAGAAGAGACAACUACCACAAAUACCACACCAGCAGAGCGGCCAGAGGGCAAUGCGCGCUCAAGUGUCCGCGGAUCUUGAAGAACGUAAGUGGAUCGCCCCGCACCACAUUGGCGCCACACUCACCUACCGCAGCACGCCACAAGGAUGGGAGAGGCAUUAUGCAGGCUUGUCUGAUUCUGAGCUGGCUGCUCGUGGAGGCAGUUGGGCUCCUCGACGUAGACUCUCUCCAGACGCUACAGCUGCUGACUCAGACCUGGAAUCAGUAGCCUCGGUUACUUCCAGCGCUUUCAGCACCCAGUCCGAAAGACCGCGACCCACAAGGAUGCUCAGUGGAUACGAAAACUCCGACGAAUCUGCUAAACAACAAAACAGUAAUGAUUACGGAGGACGUGAAAAUGGACGGAAUAACAACCAGACGCAGCCGUUAGAGAGGCGCGAGUCGCGACGGGGACAGUUUACACGCAGCCUUAGUAACGCCGACGUGCCUCCCGAUGAAAAAGCAGACGGCAGUCUGAGUGACACUGCGCUAGGCGGAACCACAGAAAUAGAGCCCGCCAGUGAUGACGCACUACUUAAAGCUGAACCAAGAGAUUACUUCGGCCCAGGAAUGGGAAAGAAGAGUAAUUCCACCUCACAACUAUCAGCUACAGGACGAAAAAGAAGGUUAGGUUUCGGUAAACGUGGAAAAAAUUCGUUUACGGUCCAACGCAGCGAGGAAGUGGUGCCCGGUGAGAUGAGAGGCGGGGCGGGAGUGUCGCGGGCCUCGUCCGCCUCGAGCGAGAACGACGACGACAGAUGGUCUCCCGGUAUGCGAGGGUCAGGGUCUUCUGACGGCGGAGGACUCUCGGACUUCAUCGACGGUCUGGGCCCGGGACAGCUCGUGGGAAGACAACUGCUUGGAGCACCCACUCUGGGUGACGUGCAACUGUCCAUGUGCUACCAAAAAGGAUUCCUUGAGGUAGAGGUGAUAAGGGCGCGCGGGCUACAGGCGCGACAGGGCAGUCGCACGUUGCCCGCGCCCUACGUGAAAGUGUACCUCGUGAGUGGCAAACGAUGUAUAGCAAAAGCUAAGACCAGUACGGCGAGGAGGACCCUCGACCCUCUCUACCAACAAACACUCACCUUCAGAGAAAACUUUAAGGGAUGUGUUUUGCAAGUCACGGUAUGGGGUGAUUAUGGUCGCAUAGAAGGAAAAAAAGUAUUUAUGGGCGUCGCCCAAAUAAUGCUAGACGACCUCAACCUCUCCAAUAUAGUCAUCGGAUGGUACAAGUUGUUCGGAACCACAUCCCUGUAA